AUGGCCGGCCGCCUCGGCCGCGGGAUGUGCUGGGGCAAGCGGGGCCGGGGCUGCCGGGGCGGGGGCGCGCUGCUGGCCCUGGGGCUGCUGGCCGCCGUCGGCUUCCUCGCCUGGCGGCACGGCCCGCCGCCCCGCCACGCCGCCCGCCGCGCCCCGCCGCCGCAGCCGCCGCCCGCCGACGCCGAGCUGCUGCGGAAGCCGGUGUACGCGAAGCCGGCCCUGGACCCGGGGGCGCUGGGCGAGCUGGGCCGGGCGGUGCGGCUGGAGCUGAGCCCGGCCGAGAAGCGCCGCCAGGAGGAGAGCAUCCGCCGGCACCAGAUCAACACCUACCUGAGCGACCGCAUCUCGCUGCACCGCCGCCUGCCCGAGCGCUGGAACCCGCUAUGCAGAGAAAAGAAGUAUGAUUAUUAUAGCCUGCCAAAAACCUCCGUUGUGAUAGCUUUUUAUAAUGAGGCUUGGUCAACACUUCUGCGAACUGUUCAUAGUGUUCUUGAGACAUCUCCAGAUAUACUUUUGGAAGAAAUUAUCCUUGUAGAUGAUUACAGUGACAAAGAACAUUUAAAGGAGACUUUGGAAAACUACGUGGCUGGCUUACGCAAGGUGCGUCUUAUCCGUGCAAAUAAGCGAGAGGGGCUGGUUCGAGCCCGGCUGCUGGGGGCAUCUGUGGCGAAAGGAGACAUCCUGACGUUCCUGGACUGCCACUGCGAAUGCCACGAGGGCUGGCUGGAGCCGCUGCUGGCAAGGAUUGCGGAAGAAGAAUCGGCUGUCGUCUGCCCUGUUAUUGAUGUUAUUGACUGGAAUACAUUUGAGUACUUGGGAAAUGCUGGUGAGCCACAGAUCGGCGGAUUUGACUGGAGGCUGGUCUUCACUUGGCAUAGUACCCCUGAAAGAGAACAAAAACGGAGGAAGUCCAAGACUGAUGUGAUCAGGUCUCCAACCAUGGCAGGUGGAUUGUUUUCUGUGAGCAAGAAGUAUUUUGAUUAUCUUGGUUCAUAUGACACAGGAAUGGAAGUCUGGGGAGGAGAAAACCUUGAAUUCUCAUUUAGGAUAUGGCAGUGUGGAGGAAGUCUUGAGAUCCACCCUUGCUCCCAUGUAGGUCACGUUUUCCCCAAACAAGCUCCGUACUCACGGUCCAAAGCUUUGGCAAACAGUGUGCGUGCAGCUGAAGUGUGGAUGGAUGAAUAUAAAGAACUUUAUUACCACCGAAACCCACACGCUCGUCUGGAACCAUAUGGAGAUGUGACAGAAAGGAGACUCCUUCGAGAGAAGUUGAAAUGUAAGGACUUCAAAUGGUUCUUGGAGAACGUGUACCCAGAGCUUCACGUACCCGAGGACAGACCGGGCUUCUUUGGAAUGCUGAAGAAUAGAGGAAUGGCAAACUUCUGUUUUGAUUAUAACCCGACAAAUGAACAUCAAGUAACUGGACACAGGAUCAUACUGUACCCAUGUCAUGGCAUGGGACAAAAUCAGUUUUUUGAGUACACAUCCCAUAAUGAAAUACGUUACAACACCCGACAGCCAGAAGUCUGUGCAGCAGUCGAUUCGGGGACUGACUACUUGACAAUGUACUUGUGUCAAGAAAAUGUCCACAGUAUUCCUGAAAACCAGAAGUUUGUUUUCAGAGAGGAUGGUACCUUGUUUCAUCUACAAACGCAGAAGUGCGUACAAGCCAAGUCAAAUGCUUACAAUGGUAACCCAGCACCAUUGUUACGACCAUGUACCAACUCGGACUACCAAAAAUGGUUCUUCAAAGAAAGAAGUUGAUCCAGAUGUCAUCUAGGAUAUAGCUGAAUAUGAAAAUGUGCUCUUUCUAGUCAGCAGUUAGUCAGCCUUUUGAAGAUCACAUAAGUGAUAUAUUUUUGUAUGGAAAGAACUGUAAUUAGUUUACAAGCCUUGGAUUUCAUUUUCUGGAGCAUUAAAAGGCACUAAGCAUUGAAAGAUGCGUAAAGUAAGUGUAGUGGUUAUAUCAUGCCACAGAAUCUGCUCCCCUUCUUUUCUCUUUAUUUGGCAGCUACAUAACUGCUUCUGAAGUGUCUUAGGUUCUUUUCACAAGUGACAAUAUAUUUUUUUUAAUCUACUGUGUGAAAGUAAGGCAGUCAAAAUAAUUGCACUAAUGUUAUCUGCCAAUAACUUAAAAUGUUUAUUUUUCUACUAAAACAUUCUGCAGUUGGGCCUUUUAACAGAUAGUAGCUAAUAAUUCUUGUUGUCUUUUAAAUACCAAGAAGGUAAAUGUAGGCCAGAUUCUGCCCUAAGUGACUACCACAAAACCCUCACUGAAGACAGUGUGGAUUUGCACAUGAGGGCAGAGUAGGUCUGCAUGUUUUUGCACAAAUAACAAUCUAGAUGCAUACAGAUUGCACAUGCUUGACAAUACAUUAAAUGUUGCGACAAUUUUAGAUGCUCAUGGCACUUGACAAGUUCUAAUCAUGCUUAAGUCUGGUUUUGGAGUAAAACGGGGAUUUUCUCAUCUUUCUUAAAGAAAUAAGGCAACAAUAUUUAAAGGUGAUGCUCUGGGAAAAGCUGUUUAGAUUCACCUGGAUCUAGCUAUGUGGCUGUGUCCCAGACUGCACAACUUUAACAUUAUGUGGAUUUUCAACAUGCAUAAAACUUGCAAGAUCAGACCUAGCAAUAAUUCUUUUGACAAAUUUCAAAAUUACAGUUAGAGAAAAUGAAUCUAAGAAAUUGUAUCUUUCAUUAAAUUGUAAAUGUUUAAAUGGUUCAUAUAAAAAUGAUUAUAUAAACAAAAAUGGUUUUGCAACUAAUUGAUAUGAUAUGCAGCUGAUAUUAAUACAAAAAGAAUUGUCUUUCGAAUAUAACUUGCAUUUUGUCUGGGAACUCCUUUUCUAAUAAGUUGGCCAUGUCAACACAUAUAGUCCUAUUGAAAACAUGGGGUUUAAUCUGCACUGGUACAAGAUGUCUUCUGCUGUUGUGUGUGGGAUCUGCCUUACCCAAUCAGACAAGUAGUGUGUAUAGCAAUGUAUUUGGUCAUUGACCAUCAUCAUUAAAAUGUUGAUUAAAAGGGUUUCAGCUCAUAAGGAAAGUUUCUUUCUGUAUCAGCUGGAGGUAUGCUUAUGUGUAGAAGCAUGAAAAUGUCAACCUUUUUCCCCUCAGAAGUCUUGGCAUCUGUUUCGAUUAGUUUUGGAUAUAUUUUGUUAUUUGCCUUUGUUCAUGUUUUCUAUAAAAAAAUGUACAACCUUUUCUUUGAAUCCUCGUAAGCUCAUGCCAUUUUGGCAUACCUAUUUAUAUGAUAAGGGUGUGAGGGGAGGGUUUCUGCCUCUAGGAGAUGCAUAUGUAGGUUCUUCCAAGGUCUUUCUAAACCCAUAUAGAUAGAAUGUUUUUGUGAGCACCUUUAAAGUUUUGUCUCUGUGGGCUGGACUGAUGAAACUGAUGUUAGAAUUAAUAAAAUAUUUUGUG